AUGUCGAACGACAACAUCCAUGAACCCUUGGAGUUGAAAGACUCCUUACACAAAGAAGAUGCCGAAGGUGCCAACGAUCUCAUCGAGAAUUUGGAUGUGAUACUCGAUCCAAAGAAAGAGACGAAACUACUCGCCAAGUUGGAUUUGGCCUUUGUUCCGAUCAUCAUGGUCACCUACUUAUCAUGUUUCUUGGACAGAUCAAAUAUCGGUAAUGUCAAGGUGGCUCAUAUGCCGGAGGACAUUGGGGCUUCCGAAAGCCAGUUUUCAACCGCAGUGUCCAUUUUCUAUGUGACAUAUGUUAUCUUCGAAGCACCCUGGGCAGUUUCAAUGAAGAAGUUGACCCCUCGCAACAUCCUGACGGCGCUCUGUAUCGUCUGGUCUCUGACAACUAUUUUCACCGGGUUCAUUCAGUCGGUCGGCUCUCUCUAUGCCACCCGUCUGAUCUUGGGUGCUUGUGAAGCUGGACUCUUCCCUUGCCUCAAUCUCUAUCUUACCAUGGUCUAUCGCCGUGAAGAGCAGGCAAAACGUGUAUCCUAUUUGAUGAGUUGUGCUGCCAUUUCCGGCGCUGUGGGUGGUCUGUUGGCCUACGGUCUCUUGCAUAUGGAUGGCAUCGGAGGUAAAGCAGGAUGGAGAUGGGUUUAUAUUAUUGAGGGCCUGUUCAGUGCCAUGUGUGCUAUUCUCAUCUGGUUCGGUUUACCAAACAACCCGGCCGAGUCUUACUUCCUCAACGAGGAAGAGAAGUGGAUGAUGCGCGUGCGCAACGAGCAACGCCGUAAAUACAUGGGCAGUGAAAAGUUCAGCUGGGAGGAGAUGUGGAUUGCACUGAGAGAUCCAAAGCUUUUCUUCAGCGGCAUUAUCCAGUUCUGUCAGGAUAUCCUCCUGUAUGGGUUUAGCACUUUCCUGCCCACCAUUCUAGGAGGCAUGGGCUAUGACUCGCUAAUGAGUAACGUCCUCACUGUCCCGGUCUACGUAUGGGCGGCGGCGGUCGCCAUCGCAGUUGCCUUCUGGUCGGACCGGAAGUCGAGAUUUGCCUCCUACAUCUUCUCCGCGAACAUCUUCGGUAUCGUCGGCUACAUUCUCCUUCUUACGGUCAAGAAUACCGCUGUCGAGUACUUUGCCACUUUCCUCAUUGGUGUCACCACCUACACAUCGGUGAGUCUCAACGUCGCGUGGUUGAACAUCAAUAUCGCCCCGCAAUAUCGCCGCGCGCUCGAGAUCGGCCUCCAACAGACAAUUGGCAACUGUGCCGGCAUUGUUGCAGGUCAGGUAUAUCGCACAAAGCCUUACGUGUUGGGCAAUGCCUUCUCUUUGGGUUCCAUGAUCGUGGCCCAAUUGGUAGUGACUGGGUAUGCUUAUUACCUGCGGCAGGAGAACAAGACGAAGGAGGAAAUUCUCAGUGGUGAAAAGGAAGAGACUCGAAGAGUCCAGACAGGAGAUGGAGCACUGGAUUUCAAAUACAUUUACUAA